UACAUUUUAUUUCUUCAGAAAUGAAUUCAGAAUACAUGAAACUGUUCUUGAUUUCCGUCCUUUUGGGGAGUAACUAUGCUAACGAUGGGAUCUGUAGCAAUAACACAGUUAUUCCAAAAUGUUGCACGAGCUAUAUGUACGAUGACACAUUGCAGCAAUGUGUAGCUUGUAUUGGAAGGUUCGGUGACAACUGUACCCAAAGUUGUCCUCUCGGAUACUAUGGACGACGGUGUAAUGAAACUUGUAAUUGUAAUUUCACCGUUUGCGACGAAGUGACAGGAUGUUUCAAAGCUACAUCAGAUCAAACUGAAUUAUAUGAGAAUAUAACAUUCAGGGAACUGGAUUUGUGCAAACCAAAAGAUUCAGGAUUGAUUCUACGUCAUACCUUGACCGCAUCAGUAUUCUUCCUUUCCCUACUGAUUGGCAUAACUAUAACCAUCGCCUGCAGACUGAAAAGAAAAAACGAGACCAGAAUCCCCGUUGUCAGCACAAAAGACAGCUUAAUUCAUGAUCGCAAUACUUGCGCCUCGUCAUCGAUCUAUAUCGAUGUGAUACACCCCAGAACUACACCAGUUCGGGUCGUGGAACAAAUAGACCAAACAGAGUACUCGGAAAUAAACUGAGGCAAACUGUUCCCAUAAACUACCAAAGAAUAAGUCUGAACAGGAUGUCUGUUAUAAACCGGAUGACACAACUAAAGUUUCUCUUAGAUUUAACAAAGAAUAUGUUUACUACAAAACAUUUCUAGUUGUGCUUUCCAAUAGCUGUCACUGUAACAUUAUAGAUAUUGAUGUUGAGGUGGCUGACUUUUUGUUUUAAUUGCGCAUGUUUUUGCGCAAUAUAGUAUAAAACAUGGUACUUAUCCUUUUAAAUAAAUGUUUCGCUACCAUUUAUGAAUUGAACACAAUAAUCAAAAUAUAGUUAAAAAUAUUAAGAUUUUUUAGGAAAAAUUUUAUUUUUCAAACAAUUUUCCGUUGUUUGGUAGGUGACACUGAUAUUGUGCUUUCAUGACGUUAUGGUAAUAUGAAGAUUAGUAAAUGAACAAUAUUAGAAAAAAUAAUAAAAGUAAAAAGGUUACCCAUUGCAAAUAUCAGGGUAAUUGUUCUGUAUUUUUGAAUAAUUCAACCGUACCAAUUUAUAUUUGUAAUACUCCAAAUGUAUCAUAGCAAAAUAUGGUGCAUAUUGAUAUUAUUGAUAAUAUAUUGAUAUUUUGAGAAAACAAUUAUAAAAAAGAACGUUAUAAAUCAGAUGAUAGAAUUUGAUUUUUUUUUUUUUACAUAUAAGGUAAAAAUUGAUAUUACAUAUGAAAUAUUACAAUUUGAGAAAAUCUCUAUCAAAGCAUUUUUAAAAUCUGCUUCGAAGUGCGAAAAUUGACAAAUCCUCUGAAUCAUUAUUGAAAAUGUAUCAGUAUUUUGAUAUGGCCCCCAACAAAACAUAGACGGUAAAUUUUCUUGAAACGUUGCAAAUACACUCGAGCUUGUGUAUAAUAUUUAAUCAAGGUUUAAAAUAAAGAGUUUUCCUAUAAUUGUUGUUGGUGCGCUUUCUUGAAUAACUGUUUACAAAGUUUUUAUCUUUCAACUGAAACUUUUUUAUUUAAACUAAAUGUGUCCUUCCGAUUAUUAGUGUUUUGUUUCCAUCCUGAAUUAAAGGGAAUGUCUAUUAUUUCAAGUUGAUGGUUACUUGAUAUAUAUUGAAGAAUUACAAUGCAAUAAUUUUGAUGGCAUAUUCAAACAAACACAUAUAUUGAUAAAUUACCGAGAUUUAUUCAGAAUGGACAAAUAGUAAAUGUAUAUCUUUUCUUGAUAUCAAUGGUUAUAAAACAUUCAAUGAUAAGGAAGGCUGGGUGGUCAACAAACUACUUAUUAGAUCUACUUUAAUUAGGUAGUAUUUCUUUCAUCAUAAACCUUUAUUUAGUUUUGAAGAUUUCAAUUCUUUAACUUUACAAUUAAAAUUUUCCUAUUAUCUAUAUUCAGAGACCUUUCUCUAUGGAAAAUUAAUCGUGAAAAGAAACUCUUUAGCUGAGGCGUUCAUGGCAUUAAAACUGACUGCUGAGAUUGGUAGCUUUGUUAGGUAUAU